AAUCGUUCAGCAGGCGUACGUUUUAGGCAAAAUAUUUUGAUCAAAACACAAACACGUCCGUUGCGUGACAGGCGAAUAGAAAAAUUCAGCCACGGAAGAUCAUCUGACAUAACGCGUAGAGAAAGUACCACCGCGGGACUUCUCGUCGCUGGUCUUAUGCGUAAUUGCACCAACGAAAUGUCGCUUAGUUUCGCUUCGGCCUUCGUUCUCCGAGCAUCUCCUCGAGCACCGGAGCUGCGGAGAGUUCUCACGAGCGCGCGCUGGCAGUAGUCGGCCGAAGGGCGCGCACAAAGUUGCACGCACACGUGUGAUCGCGCGUGCACUUCUACAACGUGCACCGAAAUAUCUGGUAGCGAUUGCCCAAGAGAACUUUCACGCUCGGAAACUCAAACGUCAGCGAAGUGGACGAAAUUUCACGUACGCUCGUAGCACGCGCGCACACGCGACCCUUGAAGUUUUCAAGUACCGCGCCGCGCCGCGCCGCGCCGAGCCGAGCCGAGCCGAGCCGGGGUCUCGGGUGUUCCGCAGCGCCGGAUUCCGUCGGACCAAGUUCGCUCCUCUCCCCGUGUGUGAACGUUCAUUCAAGUGAGUAGUUUGGCUGGUGGCCGCGUAGAUGCUCCACGACACACGCUCGUCGCCAGUGCCAUUGACGCAGCGUAUUCUCAUAUCGUGACGAAAUUGCAAGAAACGGAGCAAGAUGCUGCUGCAAGCAGUGCUCUGGCUGCUGGUCUGCCUGGUCGCUUUGUGUAUCCUCUCGGAAUCCAUAGACACGAUCCUGAGCAUCCUGUGGGAGAUGGUCGCGACGAUAUUCGGCGGCAAGCAAAUCGACCUGCGAAAAACCUUCGGCGAGUGGGCUGUUGUCACUGGCUCGACUGACGGCAUUGGCAAAGCAUACGCGAUAGAAUUAGCGAGGAGAAACAUAAAUCUGGUUCUGAUCAGCAGAAGUAUGGCAAAACUCGAAAACACGAAGCAAGAAAUUAUGCAGGUGAAUCCGCAGGUCAAGGUGAAGAUUAUAGAGGCGGAUUUCAGCGUAGGAAAAGAUAUCUACCAUAAGAUCCAACUUCAACUAAGCGACAUACCCGUCGGUAUCCUAGUUAACAACGUGGGCAAGAUGUACGAUUAUCCCAUGUACCUCGACGAGGUGCCCGAGCAGAUAUUGUGGGACAUAAUCAAUAUAAACGUGGGCGCAACCACGCUGAUGACACGACUGGUCAUCGGACAGAUGCAACAACGCAGACGGGGUGCUAUCGUCAACGUCUCCUCAGGGUCGGACCUAACGCCACUACCGUUGAUGACGGUGUACUCCGCUACGAAGAUGUAUAUAAAGAACUUCUCCGAGGCGAUCAGGAUGGAGUACUCCAAAUUCGGCAUAAUCGUGCAGCAUCUGUCGCCGUUCUUCGUCGCUACCAAGAUGAACAAUUACAGCCACAGAAUCAACGUGAAGAGUCUCUUCGUGCCCGAUUCCACGACUUACGCGAGGAACGCCAUCGCCACCCUUGGAAAGAUCAACAGCAGCACCGGGUACUGGGCUCACAGUAUCCAGAAGCUUUUCGUUCUGGCACCUCCCACGUGGAUCAAAAACAAAGUCGCUUUAUUAAUUUCCAGGAUACUCAGACAGGAUCACUUUAAACAGAAAGAAAAGGAAAAGUUGUGA